UUGACAUUUUUCCUGGGAGGUUUUUGGGGCGUUUUCGGCGCUCAAAUCCCACAGAAAGCCCCAAAAUCGGCUGAGAAACCCCAAAAAAAAGGGAAUUUCCUGGGAACGGCAGAGCAGCUCCGGGGCGAUGGCGCCGCCGCAGCUCCUGCCGCUGCUGCUGCUGCUGCUCGGGGCGGGAAUCCCGGGAAUUUUGGGAAUCCCGGGAAUUUUGGGAAUUCCGGGAGUUUCGGGAGCUUCGGGGAUUGCGGCGGCGCCGGCCCCGGGAGGGAGCCACGAGGAGCUGCCUGCUCCCUCCCGGCCCGUUCCCCGCCGCCCUCGCUCGGUGGCCGCCUCGCCCUGGCUGCGGUGGGUCCCGUUCCGCGGCCACGUCCCGGCCGACGCCGUCUCCAGCCGGAACGGCCGCUCGGGCCGCGCCGAGUUCGUCUGCUCCACGCGCGCCCGCGGCUGCAACCUGGGCUCCUUCGACCCCGCGCGCGGCGCCUUCUGCUCCUUCGCCUGGAGCGGGGCCGAGCUGCGCGGCGCCGACUUCCAGCUCCUGCUCAACCCCGGCGGCUUCGAGGCGCUCGACUGGGUGCCCGCGUCCUUCGGCGGCACGCCGCCGGGCGCCGUGGAGGGCUGCCCGCUCACCGACCUGUUCGUGGGCCGCAGCCCCGAGGGGCUGGGCAAGGCCUCCAAGGAGCAGGAGGCGCUCUUCGUGGCCGUGGAUGGCGAGGAGGUUUGGUACAAGUGGUACGAGGUCCUGGCGGUGCGCCAAGGCCCGGCCGACGUCUCCAUCGCCGACGUGUCCUACGACGGCGCGGCGGCGCGGGAGAGCGCCGAGCCCGCCGAGCUGGCCGAGACGCCGGCGAGGAACGAGGCCUGCGAGGCGGCCGCCACGUGGGUGACCUUGGACGAGGCCACCGAGGCGGAGCACGGCUGGAGCGCCGAGCUGCCGGCGCUGGCGGCCGCCCGCGGCGUGCUCCGCGCGGCCCCGCCGAUCCCGGCCGAACCGUCCGGCUGGCACCCGGGAAACGUCACCAGCGUGCCGUGGGUCGGCGGCGCCGCCGUCACCGAGUUCGUGUCGCGCGCGCACCGCGUGCGGCGGGAGAUCCCGGCCCGCUCCGAGUGCUCCGUGGUUCUCCGCGGGCUCCGGCGCGAGAUCCGCGUCCCCUUCCAGGCCCGGCUGACGCGCGAGUUCCGCUCGGGCCCCCCGCACCGCGUGGACGUGGCGGGCUCCGCGUGGACCCGCGCCGUCACCGGCGUCCGCGCCGAGCUCGGGCGCUGCCGCCGGCUCGCCGAGCUCCCGCCCUGCCCCGGCUGGGCGUGAAUCCCUGGAAUUCUGAUUUCCCCCCCAAAAAAACCCCGCGAGACCACGGGAACGCUCGGCGCCGGCGCGGGUUUCGGCGGUUUCGGCUUUUACGGCAUAAAGCUCGCCCCACGUGCAGGGAAAUCGCG